AUGGCAGACGUUGCAACUGCUGCUGAAAAGAAGGCCCCCCCUAAAUUCAAGCAGAGGACUACCCGUACCUUCAAGAGCAAGGCACCCAAGCCUGGCCAGAAGGGAUUCGGUGACGACAUCCCCGGCAUGGAGGGUCUCGGCACAGACAUCACAGUGGUCUGCCCAUGGGAAGCUUUCGGUGACAUGGAACUCAGUGACCUGGCGAAAUAUGGAAUUGUUUAG